AUGGAACAUUUAAAUCAAACAACUCCAGUCCGCUUUAUCCUUCUUGGUUUAUCAGAUGUCCCUCACCUCCAGCUGAUCUGUUUUUUUGCAUUUCUCAUGAUGUAUAUGAUCACAGUAUUAGGAAACAUUCUACUUAUCAUUGUGGUGACAAUGACCCCGGCAUUGCACACUCCCAUGUACUUCUUCCUCAGUAACCUAUCUGUUAUUGACAUAAGCUUCUCAUGCACAAUAGUCCCAAAAAUAUUGGUGAACACCCUCUCCACUGACAGAAGUAUCUCCUUUUUUGAAUGUGCCCUUCAGAUGUACAUCCAUUUGGUUUUAGGGGCAACAGAGAGUGUCUUACUUGCUGUCAUGGCUUACGAUAGAUUUGUGGCCAUCUGUAAGCCAUUGCAUUAUAAGAUCAUCAUGAAUUUUACAUUUUGCAUUUACCUUGUUGCCACAUCAUGGACUGUUGGUUUCGUGAACUCCUUAACACUUGUCCUCCCCACCUUGAAGCUUCCAUUUUGUGGAACAAAAUAUAUUGACCAUUACUUCUGCGAAAUACCUCCUCUUCUAAAAAUAUCCUGCACAGACACUCGGCUCAAUGAAGCAUUGUUAUACAUCUCAGCAGGAACCAUAGUGAUGUGUUUAUUCUUUUUUAUUGCCAUUUCAUAUCUUCAUAUAAUUACAACCAUUUUGAAAAUGAAUACGUUGACUGAAAGUUAUAAGGUCUUCUCCACAUGCGCCUCUCAUCUCACAGUUGUGUCCCUCUACUAUUGCACCAUCAUGUUCAUAUAUUUGCGACCCUAUUCUACGUAUUAUCAAAAUACAGACAAGAUUGUAUCUCUUCUUUAUACUGCAGUGACUCCAAUGUUGAACCCAUUCAUCUAUAGCAUGAGGAACAAGGACUUCAAAGGCUCUUUGGCCAAAUUAAACAAACAGGUCUCAUUACAAAACCUUUUAUGUCUUGAUCAUCGUAACUAA